AUGUCAACAAAGCACGCAUUGGAUUCGGUGACUGUUGAGGAUCAAGAUCGUUUUUCCAAGCGGCCAAAUACGUCAGGUAUAGCUCACAUUAAGCCCGAGUUUGUAGUCAUCGCCGAUGAGGCCGCCAAAAACACUUCGUCAACGGCAAAUGAUGAGGAAGAACCCGUUUCUGACCGUAUAGCCACCGGCAACACUGCGGGCAAGAAGGGCAAAUCGAAAAAGCGCGGUCAGAACAAGAAUCGUAAUAUAACUCAGGUCAAGGAACAGUACCAGCUGUGUUCAAAACUCGUGCUAGGACAGACCCAGGACGAAGGUUGUCCGUUCGGUGAAAACUGCCGUUACGUGCACGACAUAGAUCAGUACUUGGCACACAAGAAACCGGAAAUACAAAGUGAGCAGUUCCAGGUAUGUCCUGUGUUCGAGACCCUAGGUCGAUGCCCGAUGGGUUUCAAGUGCAGGUUUUUAAGCUCUCAUUACAACCCAGAAACUAAGCAAUUGCAGUUUAAGCCAGAAGAGGAGACCAAGCUGCUCUACGACGCCAACCACGAGGUCAAUGUCAUUGCCGCCGACAAAAAACUCGACUUGAUCAAAAAAAGAUUCGCUUUUGAAAAAAGCGACUUCGUGCUGGAGAUAAUAGAUGCCAUCCAGCAGGAGUUCAGAGACGGGCUGAACGAGGAGAAACAAGCAGCAGCAAAGGCCCAAAAGGAGUCUUCCAACUCUGACGAGGCCAAGAAACCCGACCAGGACCAGGAACAGGUCAAGGCGCCGCAAGUAUUGCAGAGAGAGCAGGAGCAGAAAGACAAGCGUAACCGUCAGAAGGAGCUGUAUGCAGAGUACAAGGACACUCGCUUCUUCGCUCAAGAGAAGAAACGGCUGAAUCUGAAGAACAAGAAAAUCGUAUCGCCGUUAACCACGGUCGGGAACUUGCCAUACCGUCGUUUGAUGCGCAAAUUGGGUGCCGAUGUAACUUAUUCUGAAAUGGCUCUUUCUGUACCAUUGAUCCAGGGAACCAACUCUGAAUGGGCGCUUCCAAAGGCUCAUAUUUCUGAAGUUCCAGGUUUCGGAGUGCAAAUUGCUGCCGCUAAGGCAUGGCAAGCAGCCAAAGCAGCUGAAGCAUUGGCCAACUUUGCGCCUGACGUCAGUGAAAUCAACUUGAAUUCGGGGUGUCCGAUUGAUCUAUUGUACAGACAAGGUUCCGGAAGUGCUCUAUUGGACAAUCCAGCAAGAAUGAUUAGAUGUCUGAACAGUAUGAACUACGUUACGGGAGACAUUCCAGUCAGUGUGAAAAUCCGUACCGGAACAAAAGACGGACAUCCAAUGGCGCAAGGAUUGGUGCGCCGUCUGGUCAGUGAGACGGAUGUUGCUGCUAUCACUUUGCAUGGGCGUACGAGGCAACAGCGCUACACUAGAAACGCAGAUUGGGACUACGUCAAACAAGUUUCUGCAACGCUGAGAGAGGCAGAGGCAGAAUCACAGGAGAAGCAUAAGGAUAAAAGAGAAUCACAGCAGCGAAUUCAAUUUGUAGGGAACGGUGAUAUCAACAACUUUGAGGACUGGUACAAGCAUAUGGAAGAUGGAAACAUGGACAGUGUAAUGGUCGCUAGAGGAGCGUUGGUGAAGCCUUGGAUUUUUGAAGAAGUGGAAGCUCAACAACAUUUGGAUAAGAGUAGUCAGGAACGUUUAGAGAUCUUGAAAGAUUAUGCUCGUUUUGCCAUGGACCAUUGGGGAACAGAUGAGUACGGUAUUUCUCAGGGUCGUCGGUACUUCUGCGAGUUUAUGUCAUUCUUCCAUCGCUACGUUCCGAUGGGAAUCUGUGAAAGAUAUCCCGUUUUACUCAAUGAAAGGCCUCCGAACUGGAAAGGUAGAAAUGAAUUAGAGACCUUGAUGGGUAGCACCGAUAUGAAAGACUGGAUCAAGUUGAGUGAGAUGUUUUUCGGUAAGACCGAUGAGAGUUUCGUGUAUUUACCCAAACACAAGAGUAAUUCCUAUUGA